GUGGAGUACAAUAGAAGUGAAAGUAGAAACAGCAGUGUUUGCUUAACGACGAUCGAUCUAAUGUUUAAAAGGAUUAGAGGGCCCGGCAUGUACGAUAUUACGGUUCAUAUUACUGAAUAAUAUGUAGGUAAUAAACAGAAAUACUCUUAUUUUACAGACAUCUACCAAAGGACCACGUAAAUACGUGGUGAAGAAACUGUUCGAUAGGAGUCCAAAAUGUCAGACUCGGAGGAGGAUGAUUGGGACUGGGUGGAGACGCUGGAACCGACAAAGAGACAAUGGAGUCAUGAUAACAAGAAAUUUGUCCGAACCAGAGCGUCGAAGAUUGUUUCCGACAGACUCCAAACACAUGACAGAGUCCUGAUAACCGGAGCGGCUGGAUCAGGAAAAUCCGCCAUUGCACGCUUUAUUGGUCUUCGGUAUUCUAUGGACAGAAAAUCGGUUUCGUACAGCACUGCACUUGAUGAAAUAGAAAACGCACCGAUGAAGAUGAUAGGCACGGAUUUUGACAUAUUUGUCAUCGACGAUCCUAUCGGGAAAUCCAGAACAGACCCACUAGCAUGUCAGUGGUGGCAAAGGCAAAAUAAAGAGUUUGACUAUUACCUAAGAAUUGGACUAAAUGGGAGAAAAAUAGCCCCGAAUAUACGGGUGAUUGUUACCUGCAGGUCGAAUUUGAUCGACGAUCAAACAUCCUCGUUGUUUCAAAAUUACUCAGUUAUAAAUCUGGAUGAAGAGUCGUUGGCACCAACCAUGGAGGAGAAAAAGAAAAUUUUAGAUAGUCACAUUGAUACUUCAGGCAUAAGUAAAAACGACAUGAAUGCUAUCUUGGAAUCAGCUUCUGCUUUUCCAGCCUUGUGUCACACUGUUGGAAUAAAUGCGACAUUUCGAUCAAACAUAAGACAGUUUUUCAGAAGCCCUUAUGAAUUAAUUCGGAAUGAAAUUCUUCGCAUAAAGGAGUGUGAACAAGCAAGUUACAUGGGUUUGUUUCUUCUUGUUAUUGGAGAUAAUAAGUUGUCUGAAGACGAAUUUCUAUCGGAUUGCACAUUUAAAGACGAUGAUGUCGAAAAUGACGUUCAGGAAGAGGAUGAAACUAGCAUUCUUAAUGAAUCCGUGAUAUGUCUAUUAAAUUCAUUCGGACUCCCAAGAACCACUAUUGCACAGGAUAUUUUAGAAAGUUUAGAUUCAUUAGAAGGUUCGUUUCUGACAAAAGUAGAGGGUGUUUACCAGUUUCAAAACAGUCUGUUGUUUCAAACAUGUCUUCAUUAUUAUUGCAUGAAUGAAACAAAAUUAUUUCUGGAAUACUGCACGGGGUUUUUCUACAGAAACUUUGCUACUUUUGAAGUUAACGAUAAAGAGAACAAAGAUUCCGUUUAUCCGCAUUUCUAUUUUGAAGACAGUUUAAUCGUUGAUUACACAAAGAGAAUAUCUAGUGACAUUUCCGAAAAAACAUUUCUGGAUGUAUUUUUGUGUCAAUGGACAAGUGAUGAAAGGAUAUAUCGAGUGAUAGAGAAAAUAAUUGUGGACAAAAAUCCAGAAGAGAUUCUUGAAAUGGCUAUCAAGGCAGAACUAGCUAAAGAAGAUAUAGGACUUAUACCAUUGGCGAAAACGAACCGCAUGCAGCUCAGGGGAUUCUCAAAAGUAGAUCUUGUCACUCUGGGUGAAAAAUUGUCACCGAUUGUUUUGGCUAUACUUUUUUCCCACGAUAAAAUCUUUUUAGCUAUGUUUGAUAAACUGCAGCAAAAUGAAAUGUGUUGCAGGAAUUUGAAAAAGCAACCGUUGCUGCCUGCAGUCUGUGCCAACGGCAAUACAGAACUGGCAAACAAGAUUCUGCAUUUCUAUGGAAAAGAGGAGCCGCCUUAUUUGUGGAAUACAGACGAAAAGAUUCACGCAAUUCACAUUGCUGCUACCUUUCAUCAUUCUGAUAUUUUGACAUUGAUAUCAUCUCAAGAAAGCGUAAACCUGUCGACAUCUUUCAAUGAGGUCCCGCUAUAUCUGGCACUUUCAAUGGAAAGAUCGUGUAUUUCAUAUUUUUCAUCACAGAGUGGGAAGGAGAAAACUUUCAUAGAAACUGUGAAAUGUCUCAUUAAAAUGGGUGCAGAUGUAAGAAAAUGUUCUUUUCCAGAACAAAAACCAGGUCUUAUUGCGCUUGCAUGUAGCAAAAACAAUACGCAUGUUGUCCGAAUUUUACUGGAGAAUGGGGCGCAAGUUCACGAAGAAACAAAGGAUGCACUUACUGGUUUGCAUUUUGCCUGUAUGCGUGGCAACAUUGAUCUUGUUCAUCUUUUACUGUCGAAAGGAGUUGACGUGAACGUACACGGGCCACCAAAGCAACGAUUAACGGCACUGUACUAUGCGGCAAAAUAUGGUCAUCAUCCUAUAGUCGAUAUUCUUCUUUCAAAAGGAGCCAAGAUAGAUUUACAGGUCUGUGACUGGAAUUCUCCAUUGUUCAUUGCGUGUCGACAGGGGCACGAAAACAUCGUUAAACUUCUUUUGGAGUAUUCUAAAGACAUACUCAAAGAUUCAGACCUUGCUCCAAGUUUACAUGCUGCAAUUGAAAAUGGAAAGGCGGCUAUUGUUGAACUUCUUUUACAAAACGGUGCCAAGGUAAAUACAAAAGAGAAACUGUCCAAGGAAUAUCCACUCAGCAUGGCAGCCACCUUUGGAAAUGUUAAAAUUGUCAAACUCCUUUUAGACAGGAGAGCAGACGUAGACAUUGAAACAAAAACUGGGUGCACGCCUCUGAUUCUUGCGUCGAAACAUGACCACGUGUUAACAGCUCAGUGUUUACUCGAAAAUAAAGCAGACGUUAACAAAAAAGAUAACUACGGGAAGUCUUCUCUAUUCUAUGCUUGUAGAUAUGGACAUCUAGAUAUCGUUAAGCUUUUACUGAAACACAAAGCGGAUAUAACUAUUGUUUCGGACUCUGGAGAAGAUGUUUUAUAUAUCGCUUCUUUGUGGGGACAUUUCGAUGUGGCGAAUGAGCUUUUGAAAUUCGCAAAGUAUAAUGAUUCGACAAAAAUAGACAUAUCUGAGCAGUUUACCCAUGGAAAUGAUGAUGAUGAUGAUGAUGAUGAUGAUGAUGAUUAUGAUUAUGAUGAUGACAUUGACGAAUUUCCUAGAUCACCGCUAUCAGCUGCUGUAAGAAAUGGGCAUGAAAAAGUUAUGAAACUCUUGAUUGAAAACGAUGAAGAUGUGAACGAGAGAGUUGAUAACGAUGACACCCCAUUAAUAAUCGCGGCCAGAGAAGGCUUUGUUGACAUCAUGAGAUAUCUUCUUGAAAAUGGCGCCAAUGUUAACUUAUCUGAUUCUGAAAAUGAUAAUGCUUUACACAAUGCGAGUACAUGUUUUGAUAACAGCGUGGCUGCAAUCAAUACACUGUUGAAUCAUGGGAUUGAUAUCAAUAGUGCCGGAAGUGAAGGUUACACUCCUUUACACCUGGCCUUGCUGAGAGGCAAUAGAAAAGCGGCUUCCUGUCUGUUGGAUCAUCGUCCAAAUGUCAACAUUAUAGCAGCAGGACAUUCACCACUUUUACUUGCUUGUGAAGCUGGUUUUCAUGAUGUGGUAAAAAAGUUGUUAAGCCAAGGGGCUCAAGUCGAUCCGGAAUACAAUGGAAAACCACUGACUCUGGGACCUCUUAGCGCUGCAGCAGGAAAGGGUUCACUCAAAAUAGUAAAAACGCUUAUUGAGCAUGGUGCUAAAGUUAAUCCUCUCAGUUCAGAUAGAAAAACCCCAUUGUUUUAUGCUACAAGGAUAGGCAAUUUUGAAAUUAUGAAAACGCUAAUUGAUAACAAAGCCAGAGUAAAUGCUCCGCAAGAUAAAUAUGAAAACACUUGUUUACAUGAGAGUGUUUGCCAUAAGAAUGAUGACGCCAUGUUUCUGUUGCUGCGUAACGCUGCUGACGUGAAUGCCUGCAAUACGGAAGGAGUUAGCCCCCUUAUGAUGACUUUUGAUUGCAAGCAGGGAGUUUCUGAUAAACGGAUUUCCCACCUUAUUGAGCACGGUGCCGAUGUCAAUGCUUGUGAUAAUGAGGCCAAAACAUUGCUUCACCGAGCAGCCCUGAUUGGAUAUGAUUCUAUUUUAGAGAUCCUGUUGAAACAUGACGCAGAUGCAAAUAAAUGCGACAGCAAUGGAGAAAGCGCCCUUUUUAUGGCCGUGAGAAACGGAGAUGUAACGUCCGUUAAAAUUCUCUUGCAACAUAAGGCGGCAAUCGAUCUUCUUAACAAGAAUGGGGAAAGUCCACUGGAUAUUGCCAAAAGAAACGGGAUGGAAGAUAUAACAAAGCUUCUCACGGAGGCGUCUGAUAUGCACAAUGAAGAUUCUAUCAAGAAACAUGUGGAGAAGCCACUGGUGAUGGUCAGAAGCCAUACAUUAGGCCCAGCUCUACCUCGAAAACGAAGUCCAUACAAGAUCCCAGUCCGACGAUAAUUAAUUUGUUUACAGCGCGGAAGAUUUAAUAGAAUAUUGUUGCAAUUAUACACAUAGAUCAUCAUGCAAACUUUCAAAAGACGCAAGUACCGUAAUGUUUUUCACAAUUGUGUCGUCUCGUGGGUACCAGUUUUCGUGGGGUUUCUAGAAUCCAUGGUUUGUAAUAAAAAUACAUUUAUAUAUACAUUAACCUACGGGCAGUGGUCAAAUUAACUUUUAAUAUCAUUAUGAGCUUUUUCGCAUUUCUUUUUUUGGAUCAACAUUUGAUUUCAUGGAGAGAUUCAACAUAAACAAAUCCAAGAAAUUUUGAGUGUGACAAACAAUGAGAAAACUUGGUAUAAAAUAAAGUAAACAGAUUUUCUUGUG